AUGGCGACCCGAUUCAAGUUAAACACCGGAGCAGAAAUUCCUGCCAUUGGCUUUGGAACCUGGCAAGACGCAGAGGAACAGGAAGCCGCGGUGAUUGAAGCCAUAAAAGCUGGCUAUCGCCACAUUGAUACAGCAAGGGUGUAUGGCACAGAGAAAGCUGUUGGCGAGGCUAUUAAGAAGAGCAGUGUCCCUCGGAAAGAUCUUUUCAUCACGACAAAACUCUGGAGUAACAAACAUCACCCGGAUGACGUAGAAACAGCGUUGCAACAGUCUCUCGAUGACCUGGGACUGGAGUAUGUGGAUCUUUAUUUGAUGCACUGGCCAGUAGCGUGGAAACGCGGAGAAAAUCUCUUUCCGAAGCAGGGUGGUAACUUUGUCAUGGAAGAUAUUGAUAUUGUUGACACAUACAAGGCAAUGGAGCAACUGCUAAAUACUGGCAAGGCCAAAGCAAUCGGUGUCUCCAACUUCUCGAAAGCGGAGAUGGAACGAUUGGUUAAAGAGGCUUCUGUUGUUCCUGCUGUUCAUCAGAUGGAGUGUCACCCCUGGUUACAGCAACUUGAAUUCACUGCCUGGCACAGGGAAAAGGGAAUCCAUGUUACCCACUAUUCGCCAUUCGGCAACCAAAAUGCAGCCUACAGCGAGAAAGGUGGCAUUGGAAAGCUGCUCGAAGAGCCAGUGUUGGCUGAAAUUGGCGAUCAAUACGAUAAAAGUGCUCCACAGGUGGCUCUUGCCUGGGGAGUUACUCAAGGGCAUUCUGUCCUCCCGAAAUCUAAAACACCAUCUCGAAUCAAGUCAAACCUAGAAGGAGAUUUUAAAUUGAGUCCGAAGGACAUGGAAAUGAUCCAAACCAUUAAUAAAAAGAUUCGUUUUAACGAUAGUAGCGGGGAAUUUGGAAGAGACUUUUUUAACGACUUGGAAGGAAAAUGA